AUGCCUGUCCCUUUCGAAACUCUGAUACCGUAUGGUAUCAUGAUUGUCAUGUUUGGUGUCUCGGGUACCGGACUUGCAGCCUUCAAGACGUGGCAGAACGAGGGCAAGCGACCGCGCUAUUCAUUGGAUCAGUGGGACAAGGUCAUGAUGGAGCGAGACCGACGCCUGACAGGCACAUUGAGAGGACAAACCGACAACCCAGAGGCUCCAUUGGGAUUCGAAUUCAGCAAUGGAUGGAAGCUUGAGAAGAGAUUCACCUAA